AUGCCCGACCAAUCGCAACAGCCCCACCAAAGCUUCAUGGACAGAAUGUUCCACCACCACCAAACCCGGCAGAACGAAGAAAGACAGCAGCAACAGCCGCAGCAGCCCGGCCAAAGUCAGAUGCAGGAUGCGGAGAAAAAAGAGAGCGAGGUUGACAAGUUCAAGAAUUACAUUGAGGAAGAUGAAGAAAUGGAGCGGGAGCAAGGAUCUUAUGGAGGAUUGAUGUAA